AUGGAUUUGACUAAUGCGACAGGCGAGAGCCUCCCAAUAGACACUGAAUCGCUGGCUUUGUGGAUGGCUUCCUCCGAAGUGGAUCAGAAGGCCUUGGGCAACUUUGCGGCCACAACAAGCCUGGAAAACCCGUUCCUGUCCGCCAUGCUCUACAAAAUACUUGGCUUGUCGGUCAUGCUUUCCAAAAAAUUGCUCCGUGCGCGACGCUUACGGCGCCUCGACCCAACCCGUGAAACCAAGUCGCUUCAGCUCUACUAUCACAUCAUAUGGCUCGCUCGUGAAGGCCUCCUGAUUCUAGAGCAAUGCGUUCUUCCCCAUGUACAGGUGUAUGUGGAGCUCAAUAUUCUCGCUUUCAAGCUGAGAGCUUCUUUCUACCACAUCUUUGUCUUGUUCCAUAACCAGCCUGCUAUCCAUGCUCCGGGUAUCAGCAAUCUUCCGCAUGAUGCAACGCUGACCAACAGCGCUGCCAAUGCAAAUCUACCAACCAAGGCAUCGGAGUCAAGGUACUCCUUUCAUCCAAGACCUGAAAGCAUAUCGGUCUCCGACCUAUCAGCAGCGGCCCCGGACAGUGCGCUGCGGCGCAAAGCUACACAAGCUCCUCCGGGCCUUGCGCCAAUUCAGCCGCCGAAGUCUAUCUCUGCAUUCCUCUUACCGGCGCUCGACUACACUACGACGGCUACACAAUGCUUCGAUUAUGCGGUGCUGUUGGCGGAGCGUUUUCUUCCGGGUUCACAUCCUCUUCGUCUAUCUAUCAAGCUCGAGUAUGCCGCAUACCUCUAUGAUUGCCUCCAUGAUCCACUUGCCUGUCGACGUGUGGCGAAACAGGCCAUAGCGGACGUAUACAAUGCAAAAGAGGGCAUGGAUGACGAGAGUUUUGAGGAUGCCGCUGAGAUCGUUGGGAUCCUGGGCAAGAUGGUCAAACGCGUGAGGAAGGCGAGCAGCACAGCGGGCAGUACUACUGUCGCUGGAACACCCAGGGACGAACGAUCACGAAGCGACGGAUCCCGAACACCAUCCUCUCGAACGACAGCCAUUUCUAGACCAACCCUCUCAGCGAAGCCGACGAGUGCUGAGUCUUUGCCGCCUGCUGUGCCUGAUCCAACUAUGAUGAACCCUAUCUGA